UGGAGUGAAAGCGUGUUGGUGUGUACUACACUACUGUGCAGCAGUUUGUAACAAUGUGUAGUUGAAAAAGAAGGAAUACAUUGUGAGGUUAUCAUUUUGAUAAUACGUAUUGUAUGAACAUACGACCAACACUCUUUGUUAAUAAAAAUGUCAAUGAUUCUUCGAAACGUUAUUACAAAACUACAGGCAUAUUCACAGCAGGCGUUAAGAUGUAGCACGAUAGCAACAAAUGAACAAAUUACUCAUGAGAUUGUUCCAAUUAUUAACAAAAAAAAGUAUGAAAAUGAACAAUUUCUGUAUCAAAAGCCACGGGAAGUAUGGUUAGAUAAUCUAAACACAGUCGAAAGGAAAAGAUUAGGACUAAUGAUCCUGCACCCUGAUGUGUAUGCAGCUGCACCAAGAAUAGAUAUUAUUUCCCAGAAUGCUCGGUGGCAAAAGAUGUAUCGUUAUGUGAGUUACGCACAUACAAAAACUCGUGCAGAAGUAAGGGGUGGUGGCAGAAAACCCUGGAGACAAAAGGGAACAGGUCGUGCACGUCAUGGAAGUAUACGUUCACCAUUAUGGAUAGGUGGUGGUAUUGCACAUGGUCCCAGAUCUCCAACACCUCAUUUUUAUAUGCUUCCCUAUUUUACACGUGUUACUGGUCUUGCAUGUACAUUGUCUGUGAAACUUGCUCAGGAUGAUCUAUACAUAGUUAAUGAUCUAGAAAUUCCAACACAAGAACAGUCUUACAUUGAACAAUUAAUUGAAGAAAGAAACUGGGGGCCUUCUGUGCUUUUUGUUGAUACUGAAGAUAUCAUGCCAUUAAACAUAACAGCAGCAACAGAUAAUAUAAAGCAUGUGAAUUUAAUGCCUGUAUAUGGUCUUAAUGUAUACAGUAUGCUAAAACACAAUACUUUAGUACUUACUGAAAGAGCUGCACGUUUAAUCGAAGACAAAAUUCUGUAUCAGCUAAACAGACCAGAUUUUGGAGAAUUGAUCAAAAAGUUCAGACUCAACCAGCAAUAAAAUCCA